AUGUCUGCCCCUGGAGCUGGUCACGAAUUCCCUCCCCAAGAGGUUUCUUGGCAGAAGCGCGAUGUCCUGCUAUUUGCCAACAGCAUUGGCAUCAAGGCCGACGAAUUGCACUUCCUCUACGAGCUACACCCUAACUUUUCAGUGUUCCCCACCUACUCGCUCAUUCUCCCAUUCAAGCUCACCGAUCAGGAGGUCAUUGACUUCUAUGCGCGCCAAAAGGCUGUCAAGAUCCCUGGUGUCCCCGACUUGGACCACCGCCAUGGCGUUGACGGUCAGCGAAAGAUCACGGUACUGAAGCCCCUGCCGCCAACUAGCGCUGGGAAGAAGUUCGAGUUGCGAAACAAAGUUGUCGGUGUCUACGAUAAAGGAAAGCCCGGGACUGUUGUCGAGACCGAGCAAUCGAUUGUCGAUGCGAACACCGGCGAGGUCUACUCAAAGGUCUUGAGCAGCGGCUUUUUGGUAGGCCAGGGUGGAUGGGGGGGUCCUAAGGGCCCCGCCACCGUCAACUUCCCCCCACCCGAGGGGAAGAAGCCUGAUGCGGUCCAUGUGAUCCAGACGAAUAUGGAGACCGCCCACUUAUAUCGGUAUGGACCUCCACUCUAUGAUUUCAACGAGAAGAUUCCACUAACAAGGCAAAGCCUCAACGGUGACUACAACCCCCUGCACGCAACUCCGGAGCCAGGCCAGAAGAUGGGCUUUGGCGGUACUAUCAUCCAUGGCCUGUUCAGCUGGAACUCCACAGCGCACGGUGUCUUACGCGAACUCGGUGGCAGCAAUCCCGAGAAUCUCAAGGAAUUCCAGGCACGUUUCGCCUCACCCGUUCGUCCUGGAGACAAGCUCACCACGGAGAUCUGGCGGAUGGGUGACAAGCAGUCCGAUGGUUUUGAGGAGGUUCGCUUCGUGACUAAGAAUCAGACCGGGAAAGUUGUUCUCAGCAAUGGACGUGCUCUGGUCAAAGUCGUCGGCGAGAAGAGCAAGCUUUAG